UUUGGUAAGCAUGGCAAGAACGAAUACACUGUACGCGUUGUUUUCUUUAAUAUAUUUCAUUGGAGUUCUGUCCAAUGAAAUCGUUUAUGAAAUAGACGAGGAACAAAACGCAAAUUUCUACGUUGGAAAUGUGAAGGUUGACUCCAACAUUUCACUGAGGACAACCGCCCAGGUAUUAAACCGCCUUCAUUUCGAUAUACCGACAAAGUCAACGCCUGACCCUGAUAGUGACAGCAAGUAUUUCCGGAUCGACUCUAGGACAGGUCUGUUGUAUACAAGCCAAAAAUUAGAUCGCGAAAGUCGGUGUGGAUUUAUAGAAAACUGCUUCUUUAAAGUAUCGGUUGCCAUGACCUCUGGUACGUUUCUAGAAAUCGUCGUUGUAAAAGUUGUACUCCUUGAUAUCAACGACAACUCACCGGUGUUCUUGGACUCGCCCUUUUCUCUGUCUAUACUCGAGUCAGCUGCUAUUAAUGAAACGUAUCCCCUGCCCGUGGCUGAAGACAAAGAUCUGGGCUUAAAUUCGAUACAGAAUUACAUAAUAGUGCCACCUAACAUCAACUUCAAACUGCACGUGUGGAGAGAUGGCAAAGCACUGAAGGUCAGCUUGUUGGUUGACAGACAGCUAGACAGAGAGACGUCAGGAAGUUACUCCUUGACCGUCAAAGCUGUCGACGGAGGCACUCCGCCAAAAACAGGAUCUCUCGAAGUUAAGAUCGCCGUUAGCGACGUCAACGACAAUUCGCCUGUGUUCUCCAAGGCAGAGUACCACGCGAACGUCAAUGAAACCGCCAGUUCUAAUUUCACAAUCAUCACGGUAUCGGCCACCGAUAAGGACGAUGGUGACAACGGCGAUGUCGUGUACAGACUGAACCCUCUACAGGUAUCAGAAAUCAGAUCCACGUUUACGAUCGACAGUCACACGGGGGCAAUAACUCCGGCUGGGAACCUGGGCUAUUUUCAAAAUCGGACGACAAGGGUCUUGGUAGAAGCUCUGGAUCAAAAUGCUGAACCUCGUAUUGGGAGGGCUGUUGUUUACAUUACGGUCAUGGACACCGUUAACACCCGUCCGCGAAUAAUACUCAACAUUGUCUCCCACGGUCAUGUGAGAGAAAACCUCAAACAAGUACAAAUGGUAGCCUUUGCAACAGUCAUCGACGAUGAUUUUGGGGACAGAGGCAACGUGAAUUGCUUUCUAAAUUCAAGCCAGUUAGUUAUCCAUGCUAUGGAAACAAAGAAAUACAAAUUGGUCGCUCCAGCGGGGUUAGACAGGGAGACGACCGCUUGGUUCUAUAUCAUGUUUGAGUGUCGUGAUAAUGGAAAUCCAAAUUUAAGUAGUUCCGAGACCUUCUUGGUGACGGUGCUAGACGAAAACGAUAACAGUCCACGUUUUAACAAAUCGAAUUAUUUUUUAUCCAUCUCCGAGAACGACUACGUGCAGAAAGUGAUAGGCAAUGCGAUAGCCACAGAUUUGGAUUCCGGGCUGAAUGGGACGGUUCGUUACAAAGUUGCACCAAAGGAUGAUUACGCUUUAGACUAUAUUGCUGUCGACAGUGUAACGGGAGACAUCCGAACCGUUGCAUCAUUUGAUAGGGAGAAUAUUGAUCAUUUUAACUUCACUAUGGUGGCAUAUGACGGCGGCAUCCCCUCUCUAUCAUCAAGUGUAACUGUGCAUGUACAUAUCAAAGACAUGAAUGACAAUGCGCCCACAUUUCCUAGUGCUGUGUAUAGGCUAAAUAUUUACGAAAAUCAGCCAGCAUAUUCCGACGUCGGAGUCGUCGUGGCCAACGAUCCUGACCUAGGAGAGAAUGGCACUGUGACGUACUCUAUGAUGAAUAAUAACUUUCCAGUACCUUUCAACGUAUCUGAAAAUGGCUCAAUAACAAGUCUGAGCAAAUUCGACAGAGAAACGAGGGAGGUGUAUACUUUUGAUAUUCUGGCUCGGGAUCACGGGACUCCGGCUAAACAGGGAACUGUCAGGGUCCAAGUUCGGAUACGAGACGAAAACGACAAUGGACCGGAGAUCAUCUUCCCCAAUUCACAAGACAACACCGUGCGAAUCGCGUACCAGUCUCCUCCCGGAAGUAGAAUAGCCAGAAUUAACGGAACAGACGCAGAUACUGGCAAUAACGGUAAACUGACAUACAGCAUUGAAAUGGUUUCGAACCAGGAUAUGUUUUCUGUAGAGAAAAUUACUGGAACAAUAUUUGUUGAUAAAAAUUUGGACCUCAAAGAGUGUGGCAGCCAUGUUGUGUAUGUCUGGGCGACUGAUGGAGGGGAUCCACCAAAAAUGUCCUCGAAGCAUGCUUUUAAAAUCAUAGUGUUUGAAGGUGUUACCAACACCUCUGUGGCGACGUCGUUCACGGGUGAGCAGAACGCCUUGAUCGUGAUCGGUCUGCUGUGUGUGACUGUCUUAGUGGCUGCCAUCGUCCUUUUCGUCGUUCUAAAAAUAAGAAGGAAAGAUAGACAGAAGAAGGCUUCUAAUUCCUCCCUUAAACUAGACACCCUCGGCGAAGCGCCACCCUCGUACCAAGACGUGUCAAGUAGCGGGUUUACAGACCUCAAGGAGGUUAAGGAGGAGGUUCAGAAACCUCCAAAGACAAAGCAGGAAUCCAAGGAAGAUCUGCUCCUCUUCAAAAUGCAGCUGGCGGAAGAAUACAAACAGAGAGAUCGGGAUCAAAUCGAGUCCGUGUCGCCGUUCCCGCGUCCGGAACGCCGCCAGAUGGUCAAUGAACGGAAUCCCCAUGAUGACGUCACAAACUCCAACGAGACGCGAUUGGUUGCAAUGAAAAUUCAACAAGCUCUGAUGCAGUGUUCCCAGAGGGCGCCACAACAUUGUCAGUCAAAUAGAAAUAAAGGCAGUCCCAAUAAUGAUUAUAUGGCAGACGAGAUUUUGAGUGAAAUAUCAGGGGAGACAACUGGUACUGAUAGUGGGCGGGGUUUCAGUGAAGAAGACAGUCACAGCCAAGGACGUAGUUCUCUCCCGUCAGAGACAGACGAAAAUUGCUUCCCGAACAUGCGACUUCCCAACAGGAAUUUCGAGAACCGGGAUACGACGAAACUACCCCACCGAUUCCAGUUCCACAGACACAGCACUCCGCCAUUCUCUACAGAGAGCAACAGUCUGCACUCCGCUUCGAUACUAAGGAACGAACCUAGGUGUCAGACGAUGAACGCUGCUGUGUCGAGAAACCGCGGUGAUGCGACUAAAUCUCACUCCGUACACUUUGACAGUACCCCGUACCAUAUAGAACCGGCGUACCAUCAUAGACCGCAUAGUUCUUUUGUGGAAUCACCGUAUUCUGGAGAAAGCGCUCGUUCGAACCGGAACUUGGUGUUUAAAAAUGGAUCGACGGGCUUUUCCAUAGAUCCUUUAAAUGACAGUGUAGAUGACGAUAACACAACAACUUCCGGUAGCUACACAAUAGAUCAUGAUGACAUCCAUGAUGACAUUCGUGACGACGUCAUAGUGUUUUGCCUGCAAGAUGUUUAUGUUUAGUAAACACCUGUUGAUGGGCGGGUUGGGGGG